GCUCAAGGGGUUAAUAUGAAUAGCAAUUUCUAAAUAAAGCCCAGUGUAGCCAAGCAUACACCCAAUUGUUCAUUACUGUUUGUGUGCAUUACAAGCACCAUAUAAAGACAGCGAAGUCUCAAGACUGUGAAAAUAAUCGUGGUGAUGACUUCCCUGUCAUCGGAUGCCUCCCAGAGCAGUGUGCCGGAGACCAGCUCCUCCGAUAGCUCUAAACAAGCUGCGGCGGUGGUCUGGCCCAACAAGAAGGAAGAUUAUGAGCUACUGGACGUAGUGGGCAGUGGAGCUACCUCGGUGGUGCAAGUGGCCAACUGUAAACCACUCAACGUAAAGGUGGCCAUCAAGAGGAUAGACCUGGAGAGAUGCGGUGCCUCCAUUGAAGAACUACGGAAGGAGAUUAGUCUAAUGAGUAUGUGCAAUCACCCCAACGUGGUCCAGUACUACACCUCCUUUGUUGUCAAGGCCGAGCUGUGGUUGGUCAUGAGACUAAUGGCUGGAGGAUCGCUACUGGAUAUUGUGAAACAUGUCUUGACUAAGAAUCCAAAGGGUGGGGUAUUGGACGAGGUUGUCAUAGCAACGGUAUUGAAGGAGGUGCUGCAAGGAUUGGAUUAUCUCCAUGGAAACAGUCAAAUUCACAGAGACAUGAAGGCUGGUAACAUUCUGGUUGGUGGCGAUGGCUCAGUACAGCUAGCAGAUUUUGGAGUGAGCAACUGGUUGUACGACUCUGCCCCUGAUAAGAGGUCAAAGAAAGCUCCAAGAAUGACCUUUGUGGGUACACCGUGUUGGAUGGCCCCGGAGGUCAUGGACCAGAGUAUGGGCUACAAUGAGAAGGCUGACAUCUGGAGCUUUGGCAUCACAGCUCUGGAACUGGCCACUGGUACAGCACCCUAUGCCAAGUUCCCUCCAAUGAAGGUUCUGAUGCUGACAUUGGAGAACCCUGCACCCACUCUAGAGACAUGUGGUGACCUCAAUGGAGAGGAGUAUCGUAAGAACUACUCAAAGAACUUCCACAAAAUGGUGGAAAAAUGUCUACAAAGAGAUUCUGACAAAAGGCCAUCAGCGAGUGAGCUGCUCAAGUUUCAGUUUUUCAAGAAGGCUAAGGACAAGGACUUUCUGAAGGAGGUCAUAUUGGGCGACACCCCCUCACUGCAGUCCAGAGGCAGGAAGGUUCGCAGAGUUCCUGGUUCGAGUGGUCAUCUCCAUAAAGAUGAGGAGGGUUCCUGGGUGUGGUCAGACGAUGAGCUAGAGGACGAAUCAUCAAAAAAUAAGCUGAAUAUUCCCAAACAGGCUGCAGCAGACACGCCCUCUUCUGCACAGACAACCCCUUCAUCUGCAACCAUUUCUCAACCCCCACCACUGGUAGUACCGGAGACAGCCGUACAGCCUCCUCCUGCAUCUUCCUCUAGCGCUGAGAUGAAUGACUUAUUGCAGCAGAGGCAAGCUUUUGUGACGCAGAAGGAAGGGGUGGAACAGCAGCUGACGCAAGCUAAGCAGCAGCAGCAAACACUGUUACAACAGCAGGCCUCAGGUCAAGUAACUCAAGAGCAGUACAUGAAAGUCCUGAAGAUGGUCCAAACACUGGAGAGACAGAGACAACAAGUCAUGUUCCAGCUACAACAGAUUGAACUGAGCGUUCAACAACUGCAAGAUGCUCUAGCAAUGGAGGAGCAGUUCCAACAAGCCAUGAAGGUUCAGAAUAAGACGCCAGUGGUAGAGAUCAGUAAGCCAAUGAAAUUAUCACUGCGUAAAAGAACACAACAGAACCAAUUGAAGGACAUCAAGUUUGGUUUUGUGCCAGGAAAAGAUUUCCCUGAUGUGAUUGCAAAGGAUCUGGUGGCAGCUGGUCUGGUAGAGGGCAAGAACUUGGUCGUAGUGGCUGCCAACAUCAACAAAAUUGUCGAGAAUCGGUCUUUAGAGAAAGUGAAUUUCCAGUUGGUCACAGAUUUGCCACCUGAUCAAUUAGACGAAAAGAAACUCAUUGGCUACGCUCAAUUGUCCAUUGUGCGGGACUAGCUCGAAUUUUGUGUACUGUAGUUCAUGUUACAAUUUGCUAGCUAAAGCAGUUUUCUGUGUGUUGUAGUGUUUUUAUAAUUUUUUUGGAUCAUCCUCACAAACCGCG